AUGGUGACUGUUAGGACUGUUGUUUCUAUUGCUGCUCAAUCUCAUUGGCCUUUGUUUCAGAUGGAUGUCUACAAUGCUUUUCUUCAGGGUGAUCUUUUGGAGGAAGUUUAUAUGACUUUGCCACCAGGUCUUGGUAGCCAGGGGGAGCAUAAGAGUAAACUGGAUUAUUCUUUAUUUACCAAAAGGAACCAAAAAGGAAUUGUUAUAAUACUUGUUUAUGUUGAUGACUUGUUGAUCACUGGUAAUGACAAAGGACUUAUUCAGGAGGCCAAGAAAAUCUUAAAUCACAUUUUCAAAAUAAAGGACUUAGGUGAACUAAGGUAUUUUCUUGGGAUAGAAUUUGCAAGGUCUGCCAAAGGGAUCCUAAUGAAUCAAAGGAGAUAUGCAUUGGAGUUAAUAUCAGAAUGUGGUUUAGGGGGAGGAAAGCCUACCACAACACCAUUGGAACAAAAUCAAAAACUGACCAGCCUAGAAUAUGACAAAGUAUUUGAACCUCCAAGUGAUGAUGCAAAACUAGAAGAUAGAAGAGUGUAUCAAAGACUCAUAGGGAGGCUGUUAUAUUUAGCAAUGACUAGACCAGAUAUAUCUUAUGCAGUACAACACCUAAGCCAAUUCAUGCAUGCACCAAAAAAGUCACACUAUGAAGCAGCCUUACAUGUAAUCAGGUAUAUCAAGCAACAACCUGCACUUGGUCUCCUAAUGAGCAGCAGAAAUUCAGGGAAGGUCACUGCAUAUUGUGAUGCAGAUUGGGCAUCUUGCUUAUUAUCCAGGAAGUCAGUCACUGGUUUUGGAAUAAAGUAUGGAGAUUCCCUGAUCUCUUGGAAGUCAAAGAAGCAACACACGGUAUCAAGAAGCUCAGCAGAAGCAGAGUAUAGGAGCAUGGCUACCACAGUGGCAAAAUUAGUGUGGUUGUAG